CAAUCCAGCGGCCAACAGCAGACGCAGUACGCCAACACGCCAUCUUUCCUUGAUGAAACACAUGUCCCAGCAUGCACCGAGAAGGGAAAGUCCAAGUCUUCGUCCACUUCCUCUACUUCCGCUUCGUCGUCAUCUUCAUCCGGGUCAUCCCAUGAUACAUCCAACGGGGAGUGCACUCUUCUCAAACAGCGACAGAAGAGGAAGCCACGAGUCUUGUUUUCACAGGCUCAAGUUUACGAACUGGAACGACGAUUUAAACAGCAGCGAUAUCUGUCUGCCCCAGAGCGGGAACAGAUGGCAGCACUGCUGAAACUCACUUCCACCCAGAUCAAGAUCUGGUUUCAAAACCGCCGUUAUAAAUGCAAGCGUCAAAGACAGGACAAAUCCUUGGAGCUUCAAGCGAUGCAGCCGCCAAGGAGAGUCGCCGUUCCCGUGCUGGUGAGAGAUGGUAAGCCGUGCAUGGGGCCGCCACCAACUCCAUAUUCCGCUCCCUAUAACGUCAACCCGUUUGCUUACAACACAACAACAACUUCGGGACCUUAUUGUAACAGUGGUCACAUGAGCUCGCAUGUCCCCCAGCAAGCACAGCUACAGCAGCAGGGCUACGUACAGCAACAACUGCAUCAAGGAAUUCGAGCCUGGUAG